GGAUCAUCUAUCGAAGCUUUCUGCAAUGACGACGAUCGUAUGCAAACGCCUGGUGCAGCAGCGGGUUGCCCGCGCGAAUUGGGUGGUGGGCGAUGGUUGCCGUACCCUCACCACCAGCGCUCCGUGGCUUGCAGGACACAAUCGAUGGUCUCAGAUCAAACAUGACAAGGCCAAAAAUGACAAGGCAAAAAGCAAGGAGCGCCAACUUAUUGGCAAGGAAAUCAGCAGUGCAACUCAGAUGUGGGGUCCCGAUCCUAAAUUCAAUCCGCGCCUUACCCUCGCCCUUUCCAAUGCAAAGCGAGCAGGAAUCCCAAAGACUGUGAUCGAAGCAGCAGUUGCUCGGGGACAGGGCAUAAGUGUCACUGGUGAAGCUCUGGAACAGGUCACGGUCGAAGCUAUUCUCCCCCAUUCGGUUGCGGCCGUUCUCGAGUGUCUGACCGAUCAGAAAGCCCGUGUAUUGCAAGACGUUCGACACGCUAUCAAAGAUGCCGGGGGCAUCGUCACACCUACCACAUACCUCUUUGAAAAGAAAGGCAGGAUCAUCUUCGAGAAGAAGGAUGGGGUGGAUCCCGACGACUAUAUAGACCAGGCUAUCGAAGCAGGUGCUACGGAUAUCACGGCAGAUGAGCAAGGCCGGCUCCUUGUCUUCACAGAACCCACGGAAACAAAGAGUGUGGGCGAGACACUUGAGAAAAUGAUUGGCCUUUCCAUUGAGGAGUUGGAUAUCAUAUGGGAUCCCAACCAAGACACAAUAGUCGAUCUCAAGGAUGAGGCACAGGUUGCGGAAAUGGAGGAUAUCAUCAGUGACCUUCGAGAAGAGCCGAGUCUACGAGAUAUCUACCUGAACACAGUCCAGCGCUUCUGAUGAUUUUUCAUUUAUUUUUGGCAGCUUGAUGCCUUCCACGACUACAGCCUGGGGCCUCUCAUACUUCCUCAUUACAGUGUACACUAGACUCGGAACACCUUGGAGUGGCUGGCGGCUCGUCGAGCCCUUUCUGUAUUAUAUUACUACAAAUCACGAAAUAUCAAAGCGUGUAUGCAUUUCGAAUACAUAC